CUUCCUGUUCCUGUCCGCGUCUCAUUGACGCAGAUUCCCUUCAAAUAAGAAGCUACUUUGGGAAUGCUGGAGGAGCUAUGAACAGAGGCUAAAUUUCAUCUUUCACAGAGUCAGUCCGUGGAUGAGCCUUUACCAAUUGUGAGAUCUGAUUUGAGAUGUCAUACAGAUCGAAGAGGGAGGAGUGCAAGCACACCGAGCACGACUCCGACUUCUCUAAGUGGCAGGUUCUCAUUGGACCUAAAGACUGGGAAGAUUAUACCUUGGGCAAAGAUGGUGUUGAAAGAUAUAGAAUCCAUAAUCUUCCUCAAUGUUUUUCAUGCUCUGGGCUUUAUGAGCUUGCCAUAUCGAAAAUUCCCAUAGAAGGCCGUAAAUCUCGAGAACCUCCACCAGAUGCCAUUGUUGUCGUCUACCUUGGGCAUUCAGAUAAUGUCAGAGCUCGACUUCAAGAGUAUGGUCGUUCAGGAUCCCAUUUAGAAAGGGGGAAUCCGAGUGUGUGUGCGAAUAACUUCAAAGACCUUUGCCUUGUAAAAGGACCUGGUUUAUUCAAAGAAGCCUUCUCAAAGGGCUAUUCUAUCUUGUUCAGAUGGGCUCCGAUGACAGACAAGAAAGAAGCAAAGAAGAUAGAGAGCAAGUUGCUUGAUACCUUUGAUUAUGCAUGGAACACUCGUGCAAAUGGCACCAGUCGUCGUGACGAUGUACUGAAGAUUUCUAGCACUAUGACUGGGCAACCAAUUCCCAAAGUUCUAAACAAUCUUCAAGAAUGGAAACAGUUAACAUUCAAUAAAAAAGUGGGGAUAAUGAUCAGUGAAAGUGUUCCACCUGAUAAAUUAGGAUCCUCCAAUUAUCUCCAACAUUUUCUUAUUCCGCUUGUACGUAAAGUAUCAAGAAUUCAACCUCGGCCAAAUGAAGGAGGUGAGGUCCUAAAUUCAGGAUAUGAUAUAUGUGGGGUAACUGAUGGUGAUGGUUCUAUCUGUAGAAGAAAACCUGUACUGAGAAACAAAAGGUGUCUGCUGCAUAAAGGAAAAUGGAUCAUUUCGAAUGGGCAUAUAACAAGCAAAGAAGCCUCAUCGUCAACAGAGAACUCAUCACUGGUCCGCUUGGCUAUAGAAGAUAGCUCACGUUUUAUUGAGUUACCCUGCAAUGGAACCCAACAAUGUGAAGAGCUAAGGGAAAGAAGUCCUACUGAAAAUUUUCAUACUGAGGAUAAAUCCGUAGAUGUCGAACAUGAUCAUAGUGAAGAAUAUCACAUCUGCGGGGUGCUUCUUAGCUAUGGGAAUGUUUGUAGGAGCAAGCCUUUGCUGGGAAGAAAAAGAUGUGAUGAUCAUAAAUAUAUGAGGGUCAAUGGAAUCAUACCAAGAACAGCCAGAGAAUUUACUAUUACAAACAUAACGUCAUCUGAAGAACUUGAUCCUUGUGAAGAAAGUCAGAUAUGUGGAGUAUUACUUGGACAUGGGAAUGUGUGCAGGAGCAGACCUUCUCGAGGGAGAGCAAGAUGCGAAGACCAUAAAGGAAUGAGAGUCAAUAGCAUCAUAUCAAGGACGACAAUCAGAGAAUGCUCAUCUCGUGCAGCAACUUAUCAUUUCCAAGAAUACCAGAGAUGUGGAGUGUCCCUUGAAAAUGGAAAUGUUUGUCAGAGAAUGCCUGUUCAAGGUAGACAGAGGUGCGAAGUUCAUAAAGGCCAAAGGGUCAGACGGAUAACAUAUUGAUAAUGGCCAGAGAACAUGUCAUGGUAGAAGGAACAUCGUCUUCUAUGUUAUACAAUAAAAUAAUGGUUGUGUUGGAGUUUAUGAUUAGUAGGACUUGAUUUGUGUGUAUGACUCUAUAAGACCCUUUUUAUGUACAUAAACGUUGUAUGUGUCAAGUGGUGGGUAACAAGACAUGUCUAGUGUGGAAUUGUUGUGAUGUGUUUAGGAAUCCAUCGGAGUGUGGGUAGUUUGUCACAUUUUGAUUCCUUUUGUAAUAGACUUGUAUGUGAUUAAUAAAGUUACUAGUUACCUCUCUA